CUACCACCAGUCGAGUCUUGUAACACCUUGGAUUCUUCUGACGAACCAGCAGCUGCUGCUAAGCUCAGUGCAAUUCUGGAAGAUUCUUUUGAAGAAUAUUGGGACCAGCAUCGACAAAUAUUGUCGAGAAAACCCACUUAUGACAAUUUCUUGGAAAUGUUUGGACUUCAUGAUGUUUAUAAUAGUAGACGGAAUCCACCUUGUCAAGCUUCAGAUGGUGCUCGAACCAUUAGCAAAAGGUACAAUGAACAAAGAGAUCGUGGUUACCAAGCAAUAUUUGAUUCGCUACCACCAAAUUACCUUGAAGAAAUUUUCAAUUCAAACCAAGAUGAAUCAUCUUCUGAUAAAAGCUGCUUUCUUGAAAAAGUCAGUAGAGUUCAAGAGACUUUAUUCCCACGUACAACUUCACAAGCACAAACGCCCAUUCAAGGAAGGGUCCAGAGACGUGUUUAUAAUAAGCCACUCCCAGCGCCCAAAUUUGAGGAACCUUUUGAUACUGCAGUCUUUGAAGCUUUAGUAGGCAAAAAUUAUCAACCGGGUUAUCCAUCGUAUUACUAUGAGCAAUCAACCUCAGCAGCUGCAAAACUUAGAGAUGAAAUUCAAGCAGAAUUAGCCAAUCAAGGAAGGCCCAAGCAACGUGUUUUUCAAAAGAUAAUCCCAAGACCCGAACAUGGACAACAUUAUGGAACUGUCGUCUUUGAAGCUGAGGGCACAAAAAUUCAAUCCCCUCAAUCAAAUUACUCGGAGCAAGCACCCACCUUUGAUAAUUCUAUGGACGAAUUCUUGCAUUAUGAACGUUUAGCUCAAGGUUCAGACAACAAUGCAGAAUUAGCCAAUCAGAGAAGGUCUGAU